UAGAAAUGCUUGAUACUUUGAAAUUUUAACAAUUUAUAAAUUUUAUUCACUGCUUGAUGAAAUACGCUUAAAAGUUACAUACUAAGUUUCCUAUUAUUGCAUUGUUAAUUGGUGCUGUGUAAGGUAUUAAUACAGAACUUUAUCUAAAUAAUUUUAUAUUUAUAAAUUAAUUUAAAAAGAUGCCACGGACGAAAGUAGUUAAGAAAAAUGCAAAACGGGAAUCAGAAGAAAAGGAAUUAAAACUGAGAUUAGUUUUGCAGCAUAUACAGAAUAAAAAAAAAGAAUAUCUUCUAAAACUUAAAGAAGAAAAAAAUAAAGCCGUUUUUUCUCUACAAGCAUUCAAAAAUGAAGAAAAAUGUUUUAUUCCAUAUAAAUAUCAUAAUAUGACCAUAAGUGAAAUUACUGACGCUGAAUCUUUUGAAACAACAGGAUCAGUAAAUUGUAUAUCUAAAGAAAAUUUAUUGAAUAUUACAAAAUCCGUGAAGAAAGAUAGAAAAAAUGUCAAAAGAAGUGCCUCAUUUGUUGACGACGAAGGUUAUCUUACAGCUGAAAGCGUUCAUUCAGGUGGCCACAAAUCUAGAGGCAAGGCUAGGGUAACACAAUCGACUCGGAAAACAAGAUCUCUCUCAAGAACCAACACACUGAAACCAUCAGCAACUACGUCAUACAAGACGCCCAUGAAUAAGGUCACGCCACCCAACACAUACGGAGUCGUAACACCAAAGUGCAAACCGAAUACGCCUCAGAUUCUCUUGCGCCGACCCAAAAACGGAGAGGUAGCUUUGUCUAUGCAGGGAAGUCCCCUUUAUACCGCCAGCGUAGUAACCGAAAAUAUGGCCAAUAUUAAUAUCCCUCUUUUGGACGGCAGAUUGUUGACAUUACAACCCCAGAGGGGGCUGAGGGUCUCGCAAAUUCCCCAGUUUGAUCCCGAAACGCUACGCCAACUCGAAACCCUGCGCGAGAAUCUCAGCAAAGUGUGCGCGGCAACUUCUGUGAGGUGUAACGAUAUUUGAAGACAGAUUUACAUAAAUGUACUGAAAAAUAUGAUGAUUUUUUUUUGUUAAAUAUGUAUUUUUUAUUAGUUUUAAUUUUCUACGUUUUUGCAUUUAGAUAUGCCAUAUAGAUAUUAGAUAUGUCAUAUAAGGUUUUUGCAACAAUAAAACUAUUUUUUUAACAAUCCAGUAUUAAUUUUUUUAUACAACCGAAGAAAGGAAUAGUAAAUAAAAACUCGGUAGUAGUGUUUUAAACAGAUAACAGAUAAUUAGUUUAAUAGGAAUUUUAAAUAAUUUUUUGCGAAAAUAAAAAACAAAAUUGAAGGUAUAAAGCACUGUAGAUAUUGUCCUUAUUGUACAACUCCA